AUGGAUAAAUUAACAAAGAUAAUAGAAAAGAGAAGCAGUGUUCGCAGCAGCGUCACUAAGCUACUAAAAAGAGCGCAUGUAGCUCUGGAGGAAGAAAAAGAAAAAAGCGACUUAAAUACUUUGGAAGAAAUCCUUGAACUUUUAGGAACUAAAGAGGAAAUUUUAAAACAAUAUAAUCAAGAAGUAGAAGACCUUAUUACCGAUCCAGAAAAAUUCAAAUCGGAAUUAAAAGGAUCUGAAGAAUAUGAGGAUAAAAUAUUAACAGUCAAAAUUAAAUUGAGGUGUCAUCUAAAACAGGUCACCGUAAAUACUUCUGCCCAGGAAUCUAAUUCGAGCCUAAACAAAUCAAUAAAUGCAGUUUCGGCUCUUAAACUACCUAAAUUAGAAAUUCCACGAUUUUCUGGAGAUACAAAUUUCAUGGAAUUCCUUAAUUGCUAUAAUAGUGCAAUCGGAUAUAAUGACUCCUUAACUAAAAUAGAAAAAUUUCAAUACUUAAAAUCGUUGCUUUCUCCCCCCGCGUACAACGUAGUUGCUGGAUUUGAGUUAAAUGAAAAGAAUUAUGAUUCUUGUAUUGAGCUUUUAAAUCAACGCUAUGGGCGUAAGGAUUUCAUCAUAAAUUCCUAUAUGUCUAGACUACUAAAUUUAGAGCCCGUUAGAAAUUCCUCCCAUGUUAAAGGCUUGCGUAGAUUGUAUGACGACAUUGAAAUAAAUAUAAGAAAUUUAAAAUCUCUAGAUGUUACGGAGGGAUCUUAUGGUCAUUUGUUGAAUCCUUUAUUAUUAAAAUUAUUGCCCCAAGAUUUGGUUUUAGAUUUUCAUCGGAAGCGCAGUAAGGAUAAUAACUGUGAGGUUUCGGAAAUUAUGGAUUUCUUAAGAAACGAAGUUGAAUCGAGGGAAAUUUGUGAGUCGAUUAUUAGUAACCCAAAAAGUUCUGAAAUUCAACGCACCUUUUCUCCAAAUUAUAAUAGGUAUCAAAAAAAUUAUUUAAGGCCAAAAAAUGUUUCGUCCGCAGCGGCAUUGCAUACCCAGGUAAAAGGUGUUUGUAUAUUUUGCGAUUGCGUAAACGGUCAUGAUUCAACAAAUUGUAAACUUUUGAAUAUCGAAGAAAAAAUAAAUAAACUUAAGGUUGAGGGUAGAUGUUGGAACUGUUUUAAAAAAAAUCAUAUGAGCAGAUUCUGUAAAUCAGGUAUCGUGUGUAAAAAAUGUUCUUCUAAAUUUCACCAUGAAUCAGUAUGUAGAAAAAAUGAUAACCCUCUUAGCAGUGUGAGAAACGUAGCUGGAAGGCAAACUGAAAUCUCAAGUAAUUCUCAUAAUUCGCCUUCGAUGUUAAAUAAAAAUGUUGAAAAUAUUUCUGUAUCGCAUAGUAAUGUUAAUGCGAAAAAUAAGGCCUUUUUACAAACUUGUUCGGUCUUUGCUAGUUCGGAUAAAAGGUCGGUAUUAACAAGUGCCAUUUUGGAUAGCGCUUCUCACAAGAGUUUUAUCUCGGCUAAAUUAGCUAAAGCGUUAAAUCUCAAACCAAUAAGAUACGAAGAGCUUGCUAUAUAUUCUUUUGGCCAAACUACGGCUCAUAAAAAACGAUAUCCGGUCGUAUGCUUGAAGCUUGAGAAUAGGCAUGAUCGAACAAAAUUUUAUAUUCUCGAAGCUCUUGUAAUAGAAAUAAUUUCUAACUUGUCUUUAAACAUUCCAGACGACUCUAUUUUGAGCGAGUUGAAGACGAAAAACAUACAACUUGCCGACUCAUUUGACAAGGGGGUUCCGGUGGAAAUUCUAGUGGGCAGUGACUCCUUUUGGGAAGUUGUUUAUGACCAACGGGAAAGGGUCUGUCAGAACACCUGGGUCAUAAAUUCAGUCUUCGGGUGGCUAAUAGGGGGUGUCGGUAAGAGGGACGAUUCGACAGAAAGUUGCGAAAAUGUUUGUUUGAUAAUGGAUUCUUCUUCUAUUUUGUUUGAGCUCAAUAAAUUUUGGGAGAUAGAGGAAUUUCCUAACGAAAUACGAGGUCUUUCUGAGAGGGAUGAUCAAUUAAUUAAAACCUUCGAAAAUAAUUUGAAAUUUAAUGGAAAACGGUAUGUUUGCAAAUUAAUGUGGAAAGAUAAUAUGGGACCUCCAGUUGAAUUGGAUUCUAAUUUUGAAGUUGCGGAAAGGCGCUUUAAUUCAAUGGAAAGGAAAUUAAAUAAAAAUCCCGAAAUUGCGGACCAGUACAAAAAAAUUGUUAAGGAUCAAUUAGAAUGCGAUAUUGUCGGAAAAUGUGUUUAUAAAGACACUCGGACGGGAUAUUAUAUGCCUCACAGAGCGGUUAUCCGUGACGAUAAAGCUACGACUCAAGUAAGAAUAGUCUAUGAUUGUAGUAGUAAGGGAGGGGAAAAUAAAAAAUCUUUGAAUGAUUCACUUGAGACAGGAGUUAAUCUUAAUGCCAAUUUAUUGGAUGUUAUUCUUAAAUUUCGGGAAAAUCAAAUUGCGUUUUGCGGAGAUUUAGAAAAGGCAUUUCUUAUGAUAGAGAUUGCAGAGGAAGAUAGAAAAUAUCUAAAAUUUUUAUGGUUUCCGGACGAUACGGGCGGCUCAAAGCAAGUAUUUAAUUUUAAUCGUCUUCCCUUUGGCUUAACUACAUCUCCCUUUGCUUUGGCUUGCGUUUUAAAAUUUCAUAUAAGGAAAUUUAGAGAUAAAUAUCCUAAAUGUUGUGAAAUGUUAAAUUCUCUAUAUGUCGACGACUUAUAUUAUGGAGCAGAUACCGCGCAGGAUGCUUAUCAGUUAACUUCUUCUGCUAUAGAUAUAUUACGCUCCGCCGGGUUUAAUUUAAGGAAAUUAAGAACUAAUUGUGUCGAGUUAAAUAAACUUUGGUUUGAGAAUGGGUAUAAAGAAAAUACUGAUCAUGGGCAAGGAUCGGGUUUCUUAGGAUUGAAUUGGGAUCCAAUUGAGGAUGAAAUUAAGUUGAAUUUAAAGGAUGUUAGGAAUUCCUUGGAAUUUGGAAUCACCAACGGAACUUCUAAAAGACAUGUGCUGAGAGUAAUCUCUCAAAUUUUCGAUCCUUGUGGACUAAUCAGCCCUUUUGUAAUCACAGUUAAAAUUCUCAUUCAAGAAUUAUGGAAAAGGAGCCUCGAAUGGGAUGAACAGCUACCACAGGAUUUGGAAGAAAAAUGGAACACUUGGUGCUCUGAACUCUCUGCUAUAGAUAACUUGCGGAUUGAACGAAAACUGUUUACGAAAUUAAGAACGAAUGACAUUUCACUCCACAUCUUCUGUGACGCUAGUCCUAAAGCCUAUGGGGCUGUGGCGUAUUUCCGAUACAUCACCGAAGAAGGAAGUGCUAAGGUGAGCUUUAUUAUGUCUAAAAGUAAGGUUGCUCCUUUGAAAACCUUAACCCUUGCGAGAUUGGAACUGAUGGCAGCACUCAUCGGUGCUCGCUUAGCGAAAUACUUGCAGGACACCUUUCCAUCUUUAAUUAAAAGAGUUUAUUUAUGGAGUGACUCGAAAAUUGUUAUCCAUUGGGUGAAGGGAUCGGCAAAAAUAUGGAAACCCUUUGUGUGUAACAGAGUAACUCAGGUGCAGUUACUUACUUCUCCGCUCUGUUGGAACCAUUGUAGUGGAUCGGAAAACCCUGCUGAUUUAACUACGAGAGGGGAAUCGGCGAAAGCAUUUCUCUCAAGUUCUCUUUGGUGGACGGGACCUGAGUGGCUGUCUCGGCCGGUACAUUCGUGGCCUGUGCAGUGUUCGUCAAUUCUCUCUGAUUCCAUUUGUGAUAAAGAAAUAUUUUCCUCAGAGCGACGGAGAACUGAAACCGUCAACACAAUGGUUGUUACUACCAAUGUUGAUGACUGUAUUUCAAGCUGUAUUAACAUUGAUAAAUACAGCAAUCUUCGAAAACUUUUGCGUGUUACAGCUUUUGUGAAAAGGUUUAUGAACAAUUCUAAACCUCGUUCUUUAAAAUUUAGUGGACCUUUUAGUGCUUUCGAACUUCAGGAAGCCUUACAUUCUUGGAUCAAGGCUACUCAAAUAAAAUAUUUCGGAGCUGAAAUUCACCAGCUUCUUUCUAAGAGUGUCAUCUCCAAGGACUCGUGCGUAUAUAAUCUGAGUCCUGAACUCGAUGAAAAUAAUCUGCUGCAAUUGAAGGGUCGUCUGCAGUUUUUUAGCGGUGACAUGAGGGCGAAGCAUCCUUGGCUUCUCCCAUCCAACGAUAAAUUUGUAAAAUUACUGAUAUUGGAUGCUCAUUUCAAGAUGGGCCAUUUAGGUGUUGAAGGUACCUUAACUCACUUGCGCGAACAAUUCUGGAUCAUCAAAGGUAGACAAUUUGUAAAAAGGGUAUUGAAUGACUGUCUCAUAUGUAGACGUUUUAAGGUAAAGACUGGAGAACAGGUGGUAGCUCCACUACCUCCUGACAGAAUUCUAGAACAUUCACCAUUUGAUGUAUCUGGCGUAGACUUUGCAGGACCUUUUUUUGUGAAUGACUCUAAUGAUAAGUGUUAUCUGAUAAUAUUUACUUGUGCUGUAGUAAGAGCUGUUCAUUUAGAAUUAGUUAAUAAUAUGAGUACUGAUUCAUUUUUAUUAGCUUUUAGGAGAUUUAUUUCUCGUAGAGGUUUGUGUUCUGUAAUUUACUCUGAUAAUGCUAAAACAUUUAAAAAGGCAAAUUCUGAAUUAAGUAAAUGGUGGAAAUAUAUUAAUAAUCCUGAAGUUAAAAAUGUAUUUGCCUCCAAAGGUAUUGUUUGGAAAUUUAUUGUUGAGAGGAGUCCAUGGUGGGGAGGGUUUUGGGAAAGGCAGAUACGUACAAUUAAAACUUGUUUAAAGAAGAUUAUUGGCAAAUCAAGUCUUUCUUUUAAGGAAUUAGAAACCAUUUUUUUAGAAAUUGAAGCUAUUGUUAAUUCUAGGCCUAUCACGUAUCUGUACAAUGAACCUUCCGAACCUUCACCACUCACUCCUUCUCAUUUUCUAAUUGGGAAAAGAUUAGCAUCUUUACCAGUAAUACAAUCUAAAAUUGAGGAAUUAAAUGUAAAUAGAGAUUCUUUAACAAAAAGGAUUAAAUAUCAACAAACAAUUUUGAAUCAUUUUUGGAAUAGGUGGAGAAAGGAAUAUUUGCUUAAUUUGAGAUCAGCUUAUAUCUCUCCACAGCCAGGUAAGAUUUGUUCAUUUAAGGUAAAUGAUGCCGUUUUAAUUAAUGAUGAGCGUUAUCCAAGGAAUAUGUGGAUGAUAGGAAGAAUUUUGGAGUUGUGUCCAGGACGAGACGGACAAGUUCGUUCUCUUCUCAUCAAAACUCCCAAAGGAAACAUAAAACGCUCAGUUCAACUUGUUUGCAAUUUAGAGAUAAAUCCUUAA